GUUUAAAUAGAUCGACGCAAAAAUUUUGAUGUUUUGUUGUAAUACCAUGUUUAUAUUGGAAUAUCAUUGAAUAUAUUGUCGCUUGUAGUAUUUAAAAAGGAAAAUAAUCUAUUUUACUGUGCGGUAAAUAUACACAUUCGCCGUGGAUCCCAACAUAAGCGUGGAAAUGUGCACGGGGGAGGCGUGGCGCAGCGCCGGGGUGGCGCGCUCGCCGUCCCACGAAUCAGUGACCACUGAGCUGUCCCUGUUCAGUGUAUCCUCAGCUGCCUCGGAUGCUCGUGUACUCCGAUUACUUGCCAGUAAAGCAGGACAAGGACCGGAUCCAAGUUUAAGGGUUGCCAGUCCUAAUCCUGAAGGGAAAUUGAAACGCGGCUCUGGCGCGCUGCAGGCGGGCGACGCGUGUCGCGAGCUGCUGGCUGGCUGCGCCGCGCUGUGUGCUCAGCUCGGGCUGCGGCGCUCCUUCAGCGCGGGGGACGUGGCCGCGCCCGGAGCCUUCGCCCCCGUGCGCAGCGCUACGUCGGAGGUGGGGCUGUGCGCCGCGCUGGAGGCGCUCACGCUGACGGCCGCGUCGCGCUCCUGCAGCACGUGGGUGGCGGUAGGAGGGUCGCAGUUGCCGUCGCCGCAGAGGUCACAUCCGGUCCAGCCUCCACACAGAUCGCUGCCCAGCGAUAACAAGAAGGUCCGUCAGAACUACAUCAAACGCCGUCUGCUGACCACGUACCGGGCUCUGGAGAGGAUGUCUCAGUCGGAGUUCAACCUAGACAAGCUGGAGGCAGCUGCGUCGGUGGCGGUGUCGGCGGGCCCGGGGCCCACCACGCUCGCCGUGCCCAUCAAACCUGCCAAAUACGUGCAUCCGGAGGCGGCGACCCUGGCGCUGACGGCGGCCGACCUGGAGCGCGAGCGCGGCCGCCCGCUGUCCAAGUACGAGCGGAACAUGAUCAUCUUCAACUGGCUGCACACCCUGGACGAGGCCGCGCCCUUCUAGAGCCGGCGCCUGGAGCUGCUGCCGCCGCCGGACGAGUCCCCCGGUAUUGCAACACACGAGUCAAAUCCACAUACUCUUUAGACCGUAUAGAACACUAGGAAUAAAAAUGAUCUUGAUGUCCGUCGUUACAGGUUGUCCGAAUUCAGAAUUUCUCGCUUAAUAUUUG